CCCCACACUACACAUUUUAACGCCAUUCUCCCUUUUAUACGAGCAUUAUUAACUUAAAAAAUUUCCGAUGACAGCCGAAGUCGUCCCUCACUCUUCUAACCCUAACACCACCACCACCACCGAUAUGAGUAAUCAGCCGUCGUCCAAGAAAUCCCGAGAAACCGAACGCCGUCGCAGACGUCGUAAGCAGAAGAAGAAUAAGCCCACCGCCGAUUCGUCCGUCAACGGCGACGAUAAUAAUAACAAUAAUGCCAAAGAAAACAACGAUCCUCACUACAAUCAGGUUAUGGAGCAAGUUGAAAUUGAGUAUGUCCCUGAAAAAGCAGAAUUCGAUGGUUUUUUUGAUGAUGAGUUUAAAAAGGUGUUUGAGAAAUUCACUUUCAAGGAAACUGCUGCUGCCGAGGAAAAUGAUAAGAAUGAGGAGAUAGCUGUCAAUGCAGCAUCAAACAAGAAAGCUAGUUCAGAUUCAGACGAAGAAGAACAAGAUGUCCAACAAAAGGAUAAGAAUGGUGUCUCUAAUAAAAAGAAAAAGCUUCAACGCCGGAUGAAGAUUGCUGACCUGAAGCAGAUAAGUACAAGACCAGAUGUAGUUGAGGUGUGGGAUGCCACCUCAGCUGAUCCUAAACUGCUGGUUUUCCUCAAAUCAUAUCGCAAUACUGUUCCUGUGCCAAGACAUUGGUGUCAGAAAAGAAAAUUUUUGCAGGGGAAGCGGGGUAUUGAGAAACAGCCAUUUCAACUUCCUGACUUUAUCGCGGCAACAGGGAUUGAGAAAAUUAGACAGGCGUACAUUGAAAAGGAGGAUAGUAGGAAGCUUAAACAGAAGCAGCGUGAGAGAAUGCAACCGAAGAUGGGAAAGAUGGAUAUUGACUAUCAGGUACUUCAUGAUGCAUUUUUUAAAUUCCAAACCAAGCCAAAGUUGACAUCACAUGGUGACCUAUAUCAUGAAGGAAAAGAAUUUGAGGUAAAACUUCGAGAGAUGAAACCAGGAACCUUGUCACAUGAUUUAAAGGAAGCUCUGGGCAUGCCAGAAGGUGCCCCUCCUCCAUGGCUUAUUAAUAUGCAGAGAUAUGGUCCUCCACCUUCUUACCCACAUUUAAAGAUCCCGGGUCUGAAUGCUCCUAUUCCACCCGGGGCCAGCUUUGGUUAUCAUCCUGGAGGUUGGGGCAAGCCACCUGUUGAUGAGUAUGGUCGCCCUGUCUAUGGUGAUGUUUUUGGACAACAAGAAGAAUUGCCUAACUAUGAGGAAGAGCCUGUUGAUAAGAGCAAGCACUGGGGUGAUUUGGAGGAGGAGGAAGAGGAGGAGGAAGAGGAAGAGGAACCAGAAGAGCAAUAUGAGGAAGAGGAUUUGGAGGAUGGCAUUCAAUCAGUUGAUAGCUUGUCUAGUACCCCCACUGGUGUUGAAACUCCAGAUGUUAUUGAGCUUCGCAAGCAGCAGAGGAAAGAACCUGAGAAACCUUUAUACCAGGUAUUGGAAGAAAAAGAAGAGAAGAUAGCUCCAGGAACUUUGCUUGGAACAUCACAUACCUACGUCAUAGGUGGUCCCCCGCAAGACAAGCCAUCUGGCAAAAAGGUUGAGAUAAUUAAAAGUAAACCAGAUGGAGUUAACGUCUCUUUACUGCCUGAAGAGUUGGAUCAAGAUCAACUGGCAAACGUCUUGCAUUUCAAAUACGAUGAAGCCCGGGAGGCAGGAAAGUCUCAGAAUCAAAGGGAGGAUUUCAGUGACAUGGUUGCAGAGAAUGAAAAGAAGAGGAAGCGAAAAAUGCAUGAGAAGGACAGCAAGUCGAAGAAAAAGGAUUUUAAGUUCUAAUUGUGUCUUUCUAAUUCAGUUUCUUUUUCGCUGUUGGUUGAAUUUUCUGGGCCAUAAUGUGUGCGUGGGUGUGGUACAAGUUUUAACCUACCCCGUUUAAAUCUCAGAUCACCUAGCCUUUUGUGCUCUCUCGAGGUUUUAUGGAUUAGAUGUUCAAUGUUGUAAUCCUUGGCAACUUAUAUACAAUGUUAUAACUGUUAUAACCAUUUGGAUGUUAAAGUAUUGUUAUUCCGGAUAA